AGGGCAGAUGGUAACGGCGGGUAAGUGAGGAGCAAAGCACUCUGCCGGCCGCGCAGCCAAAGCUCAGCUCGGCCGCUCCGCUCCACACGUGCCACCGCAGCGUCUCGCAGGAAACUGCCCCGUAGAACGCAGCGGCGCCAGCGGCGCGCUGGCAGUGCUGCCGCCCGCCGCUUCUACUUCUUCGUCUCCGAGCCCACGCUGACGGGACACAGCAGCAAAAGUGCAGAAGGAGGAGGAGUGGGAGCCGAGAUUGGAGCAGACAAACGGGGCGAGUUGGGGGCAACAUUUGGGAGAAACCUACUAAAGAAAGAUGCGGCGCGCAGCCAGCGGCAAGAAGAGAGGCAUUUAGGACAUGAGACCAGUGAAAUAUUGGAAGAGAAACUAGCAGGAGAAAGACAAUUCAUCAGCAGAAGCGGCAGCAAGAGGGAAUAAACUCUCUUUUUGUGUGUGUGUUUGGUUGCCCUCAAGUAGGAGCAACAAGGACGCCUUCCGCUCCCAGCGCAAGUCCGGCAAAGUCUGCCAGGAGCUUCCGAUGGCGUGCUACUACAUCGUGAUCAGCUCCACCCACCUGCGUGACGGACAGCUCAGGAGCAUCAAAGGGGUGUUCCGAGGACCAAUUGGAGCUGGCGGACACCAAAGCAACAAAACGGAGGAGGGCACCUCCAGUCUCUACUGCGAGCUGUGCGACAAACAAUACGUGCGACACCAGCAGUUUGACAACCACAUCAACUCCUACGACCAUCACCACAAGCAGCGCCUGAAGGAGCUGAAGCAUCGCGAGUUCUACCGGGCAUUGGCCUGCAGGAGGCAGAGGAGGCGCAGGGAGGAGCGCACGCUGAGGAAGACGCUACGGCAGCAGCAGCAACAUGGUCGUCACCGUCAUGAGGACAAAGCAGAAGAGCACUGCGCUCCAGGUUGCGGCCCCAUGUUCCGCUCCACCACCGUGGCGGUGGAACCGGCAACUGCUAUGGAGGAGUGGAGCGACAGCCACGUCCACAACGGCGACGACGCCCUGGCGAGUGCUCCUCAAAGCUCACUGCUCCUUCCCAUGGAUGCCACGCUGAGAAGCAGACUCCUGAGCGACACGCGGUGGCCGUACCAGCGAGGGAACGCUCACGCCAUUACGCCUGGCGACAUCACGAGCACAAACGGCCACACGAGCCGAGGCGGUGCCUUUAACAAGCUCCCUUGGGCCCCCGGUUUCUUAAGCGACACCAUUAGAGCCAAUAACAUCCCCGCUGACAGUGAAAACAAAGGCUACGUCGCCAGCAGGGGGCGCCCGGUUUGCUUCUCACUGCCUAAAAGGAGCUGCCUUCUUCUGCACCAGUCGGCCGCUGUCUUCAUCCAAGCCGGGCGGAGCUCGCGAGACGGCGACGAGACAACGCAACAAGUGGACGACAAAGUUGCUCGAAAGCAGAUCUCGACGACACGGUUGACCGGCGAGCUGGAUGACAAGACGAAAGCCACGCUGUCUUUAUGCAACCACCGCCAUCGGAACAGACGCCAAGUGCAUGUGGGAGGUGGGAGAGGAGCCCAAAACACUGCUGGCAGUAGGACUGAAGAUGGGACACAAGCCCAAGAUGGAGGUGCAAGUGGGCUUAGAGCCCAAAUUUGUGGUGGCGGGUGUGAAACCGAAGCUGUCCAAAUCAAUGGUGGUGAAGCUACUGGAGCCCAAGUAACUGGCCAAAGCGCCGCAGGAGACCGAGUCAAUGUAGGAGGUGGGAUAAGAGCUCGGACCAGCGGUCCAAGUACAAUUGGAGGAACUGGGACAAGAGCUGAAGAUGGGGCUGCAAGUAGAACUGGUAGUGAUGGUGGGCCAGGAGCUGGUGCGAGAGGCCAGGGCUGUAGUCAAACUCUGACUACAACUGAAGCCAGCCAAAAUAGGACUGGAGUUCAACUAAUAAGUGUCAUGGGACCCCAAAACAGUGAAGGGGGUACAACCAGUGCUAAGAAGACUGGUCGGAGUGGAACUGAAGCUGCAGUUACUCAUGGACUUGGGACUGGAGCCAUCCUAAAUGGCGGUAGACUCAAGACUGGAGCCCAAGUUGCUUGUCAACGUGGGACAGUGGUCCAAAUCAUUCCAAGAUGCAGCAAUGCAGCCCAAGAGCAAGAUGGAUCCCAAGUCAUCGUUGCUCGUGAUACUGGAGCUGAAGACCCGGGUGACAAUCACAUUGAGACGGGAGCCCGAGACGGCGGCGCACGUAGAGCUGGAACCGCCCAAGACUGUGACGAUGGUUGGAUUGGAACCCUAAGAACUGGUCAGAGCGGCACUGGAACCCAAUCGGCCCAUGGAAGUGGGAUUGCAGCUGAAGAUCACGUGACAAGAGCACUGCCGCCACUUUUGGAGUCUCAAAGUCCUGCCUUUGAAACCGCUGACAAAACGUAUUUUGUUGGAAAGCUACAUGGUUCCACUCUGGCUGAGCUCCAGCAAGCAGCACUAGAGAACCAAGCCAAAGACCCGAGUCCGAAACAAUCGCCGAGAUCUCGUCCGGGUGGGCCCAAGGAACCCUUCUGUCCCGUCCUGAGUCGCCAGGGCAACCGCGUCCUGCUGUGGCCCACGGAGAUGGUCCGCUACACCAAGACAUCGCCCUCGCUCUCCUACAGCGUCAACCCGCUGCUGUACGACUUCCGAGCGCACGCGGACGGCAGCGGGGAAGCAGGGCGCCCGUCAGUGAUCAAACAUGCCGGCCGCCGACAGAAGCCGGAAAGCGGCGGGGGAGGAGGCCAGGCUGAGUCAGAUCAAAGUCCAGAUGAGAAUGGAGGAGGACAGGCGGGAAAUCCCCUGCAAGUGGUGCGCCGAGGCAAAGGUGGAUUGAGGAGGAGGAGGAAGAAGAGGGGAGGGCUGAGGAAGAGGGGGAGAAGGAAAAGAAGAGAGGAGAUGAAAAGGAAAGAGCAAAGGAAGAGGAAGAUAAUGAAUGGUCUCCAUGAGAUGGCGAGAGAUGACAGCGGAACAGAGAAAAGCCAGAAAAAGCGGCUAUUAAGUCAUCCAGCGGCGCGGCGGACGCUCGAAGGCCCAGCAAAAAGUCCGAGGGGGAGGCGGGAGCAGUGGCUCACCGAGAACCACGUGCUAUUAUGUCCUCUUUCCGCAAAUAAGUGUAAUCGGAAGCGGGUGAACGCGGCUGGCGCCGGCCCACAUCGGUGCCAGCAAUCCUCCUCCGGGUGGGGUCCCGCGCUCACAAAGCUCCUCUGUGGGGGUGCAGCAUGUAACGCCGCGAUUAGCCCCGCUAUUCAGACACCACACCGUCCUGCAAUUACGGCCCACCCCGCCGGCACGGACACGGGGCCGGAGCACAAACAUGGAGACGGAGACGAGCGAGGGCCGCAAGAUAAGGGCCGCGGGAAUCCGAGGGAGAUAAAAGCUCAGGAGGCGAGAGUGUGUGCGGCGACGAUUAGCAGCGUCUUGUCCCCCCGCCGAGACGCAGCGGGUCGGCGCCAAAUCCAUCUCGCGCCGUCGUCAGACGCCCAAGCGGCGUGCGAUGCAGCGAUUAGCCCCAUCCCCCUUUCCUUUGACAGCCCAGCGUGCGCUCACCGACAAACGGCCGCACCAAGUAUUUGCACCUUUGAGGCACAAAAGACAGAAAGGCAGCCGAGCGUUCCGUCAGCAUGCGCAAACGCGACACUCGCCGGCAAAGAUCUAGCACAGGAAAUGAGAGGCGACAAGAGGAAGGGCACAGAGUGUCCGCAAACCUGCACUGGGAAGAAACACAAAGGAGAACCAAAACAAACCAAAAGAGUCAUAGGCUUUGGUUUGGGAACAACUUUGGACUCAACAAGUGAAGCAAGCAGUAAGGAGAUGAAUCCAAGCCACUUCUCCCCUGACAGGACAACUCACUUAUGUCAGGAUGCUAACGCCAACGCCGUCCAGUCUGUCGACGUCAAAGUUGUGGACACGCCUCCCGAGGACGCUGCUCAUGAUGACGUCAUCAAACGCCAACUCAGCAGCCAGGAGACAAAUCCGAGGCACGUGUCACCGGAGAGGCUUCGGGUUCGAGUGUAUCAGGAGAGCCAAUCGUUUAGUUCUACCUGUGUUGCACCUUACGGGUACCAUCUGUGUCGUGACUCCGUCAAUGCUCAAGUCACUGACGCCCCCCUUUCAGAGCCCAAAGCAGCUCCCAGCGAGGGCGGCCAGCGUGGUGAGGACAAGGCGAAGGACGAGCAUGGCGGCAGGAGGUGUCGGGAGGUCCGGACGGCGGAUCCCGUCCCCCCAGAUAAGAGUCCACGUUUCCCCCUUGGGCUCCCACCGGGGUGCCUCCGCCUCCAAGCUCCUGUCUUCUUACCGCCGUCAGCUUCCUCCUUCUCUUUCCAUCGCACCGUCAUCCAGCACCACGUCUCCCUCCUGCCCCCGCCACUGCCGCUCCCUUCUUACCUGCUGCCGGCUUUGGCCCCCCAGCCCCUAGGGCUGAAUCCGCCGCCUCCGCCAUCUUUCUUGGCCUCGCCCGCCAUCCAUCUCCUGGAUGCACCGUAUCCCCUGGCGACGGAUUUUCACCCCAUGCUGAGUCAACACCACCCGGCCCUCCUGGCGCCCCCCCACCCGGCGGCCUUGCCCUUGCAGCUGUUGUUCUAGUUGCCAUUUUCAAAGACUUUCAAGUCAUUGGCUAUGCUCAUUCACUCCGUGGCACAAAUAAUGAAUACAGUCAAAGUCAGAGUAGAGAAUGAGUGAACGAUUGUUAACAUUUCCAAACGAGCCUCAGCUGUGCAAGCCGCCAUGUAGCGCGACACCCAGCUGUGGUCCUUUCCCAUCCCCACUUUACAUUUCAAACUGGCCACUCGAUUGCAAGAAAAUAAAAUUCCAUCAUCUUCAUUUCACAAGGGAUGUUCAAAAAUAUUGGGACUCCCAAGCGAGGAAAAGAUUUCGACCUUCACUUGUGGAGGAAAAUAAAUUCUGCCUGGAUGUAUUUUUGUAGACCACCUCACUUGAAUGAGACUCACUUUUUAGACUUUGUGCUGAUGCUACUCGUGAUGAUGACUUAGAAUUCAAACUACUUCAAAGCAAACCACGUUGGAGCAAAUAGUAAUGUUAUUGAUGCGAUUGUCUUAGAAAAGGAUACAUGGAAAUAAAACAUGAAUAAUAAAGCAGUAGACUUCUGGUCUUGUUUUGACUUUUGCACACAGUAACAAAGAAAGAAGAAAAAUCACUUU